AUGAAAGUGAAAGUUCUUGGAGUCGAAUGGCACGGGGAAAGACAUCUCCUGAAGACAGUUUUGUCACAUUAUGCGUUUAAACGUCAAUAUUGGUAUCUGUUUAUUCCUCUGUGCAGAGGUGUCAGGAAUCCAGUCUUUAGAACAGGUGCCUUGGCUGCCCUGUAUGCUGGUGGAUGAACGUGUAAAGUUCAAUGAGGGACAUGCUGAAACCGAGUACCAACACAGAGACGCUGGGCUGCAGUUUGGACAUCCAGGGGACAGUGCAUUGAACCCUAAUGCCAUCACCUUCCUUGUUACAGGCUCUAAGGUGGACAUGAGGAAGUACAUUGAAGGAGCAGUAGUGGAGCACCAGCUGCAGUGUGAGAUCCGCAGGUACAGCACAGAGGGUAUCCAGGUGCGUUGGCCAGGUUUAGGAGCCCAGGAUCACGACAUCUGGUUCACCUGCACCUUACGGCACACCGACGGCCUCUUCGUCAUCACCAGCUUCCUCAGACAUACCCCUGCCACGCCCACACCUGGCCAGGCAGACUACCGCAACUGGGCCGCCAUCGCAGACAGAGAGACGCUAACCACCUCAACUGUGAUGCUAGUCUUCACCCGCACUCCCUCUGUGUGGGUGGGCCUAAUGAAGCAACCGAGCCUGCACUGUCAGUUUGACGUGGACCACAAGGCAGCCGACCUGACAGUGGAAUGGCGUUUGCAGCGACGCGGCGAACGCACCACGCUCUUCAGCCACUCCAGCCGCUCGGGCCAGAGGGAGGGGGGCGGGGUGGAGCUUAAGCGCAUCGGUAGGGGCGACGCAUCCCUGACGCUCCCCCUCACCAAGCAGAGCAGCGAGGGGACGUAUGUCUGCCUUGUCUCGGUGCCUCCGCUGUUUGGCAGCCAUGAAAUCGCUCUGCACAUCAUGGAGCCUCCUCGCGUGUCCUUGACCGUGGACUCUGUCAUCUCCUUGGUGGACACGGAGAAGCAGAAGGUGGUGUGUGAGGCAGGGGGUUACUACCCCCUGGAUGUGGAGAUGGAGUGGUUCAGGGAGCCCAGUGGUGGAGGUGGAGGCCUCCUACCAGAGAAGCUGGACACUGUCCUGUACUCCAGCCACCGCCACCACCAGGACGGGACCUACUCUCUGUCGGCCUUCUUCCUGCUCCACGCUUCCCUGCAUGACUCGGGCUCCACGUACUUCUGCAGGGUGUCUCACAGCUCCCUGCGCAUGCCCAUCCGCAAGAGCUUCACCCUCAUCGUCACAGAGGUUGACAGUUGGAACUUGCUGUGGUUGUUCUUUGGCUGUGGAUUCAUCCUGGUCAUGGUGGCCACUUUGUGUGUGAUGCUACCCCGCCUGAGCUCAGCAAGAAAAGCAAACAAGAGAAAGCCCUACUGAGAGAACAUGCCAGAGUGGUUAGAGCUGAUCUCCAUGGAUACAGACAGUCCAUUCCUACCCUCCUUCUUCUCCUCCUUCUCCAUCUCAGUACUUCUCUAUCAGGGGGUUUAUUUCGGGAAUGUGGGUAUAGUGUGUGUCCAUCAAGUCAUUUGAUAUAGGGUAAUGUUUCUCCCGAUUCUACCAUUAUAAAAGUACAGUAAAUAUAGAGAGAUUGAUCAUGUGUUUUUCAUUAUUUGGGAACGAGGGACUAUCCCACAAGGUCAUAGUACUGCUCUAUGAUAAUACCACUCUAAGAUUGUGUAAGGUAGCUUAAUUUUGCUAUGACAAAUACUUGACAUGGAAUAAUGAUUUUCUUUUAUAAAAAUGCAUGAUCAUGUUUGAUAUGAAAAUGUGCACUAAGAAAUGUAUUUGUUUGAA